AUGUGUUUGCUCACAUCUGAUACAAGUGGGAGACCUAGCAAGAAGCACAGGUACACUGCAUUUUCUGAGCUAUUACCACUUUUGGAAGUGGGCACAACUCCAUUGUUGAAGGUUGACAAGAUUUGUCAACAAAUCUCUACCACCAUCCUUACCAUUGAUAGUUCCAUCACAUUCUCCACCCCUUUUGCUACUUUCACCUCCACUGCAUCUGCAAACUUUGAAGUCAGAAGUCCCUCAAGAAUCCAGGUUAUGGAAAUGAGUCAAGAGACUGCUGAAGAAGGAGAGGAAAUAAGGAGCAUAUUAAAAGUCAUUGCAGCCACUGGAAAGUUCUGUCAUGAUUGGGAGAAACUGAGAAGCAUGUUGUCUCUUCAUUUAAAGCAGUUGUUGCCUUUGAUGGUUGCUGCUAUCUCAGUCCCAGGUCCGGACAAGGUUCCACCUCAUUUGAAGACCCACUUCACUGAGCUAAAAGGGGCUCAAGUUAAGACUGUCUCUUUCCUGACUUACCUUUUCAAGAGCUUUGCUGAUUAUAUCAGGCCACAUGAAGAAAGCAUUUGUAAAAGCAUUCUGAACCUGCUUGUUACUUGUUCAGACUCUGUUUCCAUUAGAAAGGAAUUGUUGAUAGCAUUAAAACAUGUUCUUGGAACGGAUUUUAAACGGGGUUUAUUUCCUCUGAUUGAUACACUCUUGGAAGAGAGGGUUCUUGUGGGAAUUGGCCGGGCUUGUUUUGAGACACUAAGGCCAUUAGCUUAUAGUCUCUUGGAAGAAAUUGUUCAUCAUGUUUGUGGAGAUCUUUCAUUGUCACAGCUGUCACGGAUUAUCUACCUAUUCUCGAGUAAUAUGCAUGUCGCUUCAUUAUCUCUCAAAAUCCACACCACAUGCGCACGCUUAUUGUUGAAUCUGGGGAGGAUAUUGGAUGCUUUUCUCCUGGAAGAUGGAUACGAAGGAAAGGAUCGGUCCACUUUAAAGUCAAAACUUGAGCUGCCAGUGCAGGCUGUUUUAAACAUUCAGGUUCCUCUAGAACAUUCCAAAGAAGUCAGUGACUGUAAACAUCUUAUCAAGACCUUGGUUAUGGGAAUAAAAGCAAUAAUAUGGAGCAUCACACAUGCACAUCUACCCCGAUCACAGGGGUAUUGGAUGGUCAAACGUGUAGUUGGAUCAAGAGCAUGCCUAUUAGGGAAAGUUGUAACAUGCAACUAUCUAAGACAAGAUAAUUUUUUGGAGGUGUCUUGA